AUGGAACCCCCUUCUCGCAAUGACCCUCUUCUAGACUUUGAUCUGGAGGAUUUCUGGUCGACAUUUCCAGACACACCAACGGUACCUCCAAUUCUCGCAGCUAGCAAUGACAGUGUUCGCUACGACAAUAUUAGCUAUGACAGAUUCUUUCCCACGCAACCAUGUCAUCUACCAACACAUUCAAACCCAGCAGACGAAGAGCGUCCUAUGAUCGAGCAUUAUUUCUCCCCUGACGAUACGAAACGGUGCUUCUUCAACUGGAUCGGGCCGGACCUGUUAUCGCCACUAACCCACACCGAUGACAUUUUCCUUCAUCUUUCCUCUUUCCAACCGUCUGAUCCGGUUGAUUGGAUAGAUGUUCGGCUCUCGAUUCUGAAUAGCGGUACGGAAGAACUCGUGGCGGAAUAUCCUUUUUUCCUCCCUCGGAUCGAAACCAUGCUAGGAAAUCUCCCGCGGAUUCGUGAACAGAUACAUGGUAUCAUCACGAAGUACCAUCACGCAAAGGGCUCCGAAAAUGUUCGGUUUCGACUCAACCUGUGGCCACGAAAGGAGACUAUACUGAAACAUGUUAUGGGGACUACGAUUCCACUAUCGUCCGCUCACGCUGUCAAAUCUGUAUCUCCACUGGAUCCAGGGGCUUUUGUUCAGAAUAUAGUUGGGAAUUUUGACGAUGGAUCCCCGUGGAAGGGCACUCUCUAUAUAUGA